AUGACUUCAACACAUACAGGGUCUGAUCUGAGGAUGGUUCUUCUGGGUAAAACUGGAUCAGGAAAAAGUGCAACAGGAAACACCAUCCUGGGCAGAAAGGCUUUUGAAGUUGUUGAUUUCAUGAAAUCAGCCAAUAAACUCUGUGAGAAACAGGGAGGAGUGGUGGAUGGAAAACACGUCUCUAUAAUUGACACUCCAGGACUGUUUAACACAGCUAUGGAUAAACAACGAGUGAAGACUGAUAAACAUCAGCUGAAGACUGAAAUAGAAAAGUGUGUAGAGAUGUCCUCUCCUGGUCCUCAUGUGUUUCUGCUGGUGCUAAAGCUGGGUGUGAGAUUCACAGAAGAAGAGAGAGAAGCAGUGAAAUGGAUUCAGGAGAACUUUGGAGAAGAAGCUUUGCGCCGUACCAUCAUUCUGUUCACUCACGCUGAUCUGCUGAAGGGAAAACCUGUGGACGAGUACAUCAGUAAAAGUGACUAUUUAAGAGAAAUAGUUCACAGCUGUGGUGGCAGAUAUCACUCAUUCAACAAUAAAGACAGAAACAAUCAAGAUCAGGUCACACAACUGCAGAAGAAGAUCAACUCAAUGAUGAAGAAAAAUGAAAUGAUGCAUUACACUUUUGAGAUGUUUAAAACCACUCAGAUGAAGAAGGAAGAAAAAUGGGCAAAGACUGCAUAUUUCUGA